CUUAAUUGUUUGAUCAAGCACUGCUUUUCCUUUGAUGCUUCUGAGAGACCCUGAGGGAAUGCUGUGCAAGUAGCUGCUGCCACUUUGAGCAGCCAAACUGACAUUAUUCUUUCCCAGUUUGUUACAAUCCUAUUGCAAGAAAGACGUUUCUUUCUCCACUAAGAAAAUGCAAAACAACACCAACUAUACCCUCAAUUCUGCUCAACUAUAGUUUUCUUUGUUUCUUUUAACCAAACAACCACUGAGAAUACUACAAUGGCCAUUUUACAACAAAACAAAAUUGUAUAAAUAGCUAAUUUUAUUUCCAGUCAUAAAUUUUGUAAAGAACUCUCUUACUUACUCAGUUUUCACUAUUCAAAUCUUAAAUACUCAAUCUGUUUUAUUUCAAAAAUCCAAUUCAUUCAACAAGUUGAAACCAGUAAUAUCUUUCUUUUAUAUCGUUCAAUAAGCAAUGAGCAACAAAGAAGUCUCAAAUUAUGGUGAUGAUGAACAUGAUCCUAUCACUUAUUCUGGAGAAAACAAUGAAUACAUCCAUAUAGGUUCUACCAAGGUCAGAAAAGACGAAUUAUUAAGUGCCUUUGGUGGUUCUUUAUAUACAGGAGUCACUGCACCUCCAGUUCAUAAAUUUGCCAAUCCAGGCCCUCUUGGUUUGUCUGCUUUUGCAUUAACAACUUUUGUUUUAUCAAUGAUCAAUGCAAGAGCCAUGGGUAUUUCAAACCCCAAAAUUGUCGUUGGUCUAGCUUUCUUUUAUGGAGGUUUUAUUCAAUUGUGUGCUGGUAUGUGGGAAAUUGCUAUUGAAAACACUUUUGGUGGAACUGCUUUAUCCUCCUAUGGUGGUUUUUGGAUGGCAUGGGCUGCUAUUCAAACUCCAGGUUUUGGUAUUGCUUCUUCAUAUACUGAUCCAGUUGAAAAAAACAACGCAAUUGCAUUUUUCCUCCUAGGCUGGACCAUUUUCAGUGGAAUGCUUACUCUUUGUACUAUGAAAUCAACCGUAGCAUUUUUCUCAAUGUUUGCUCUCUUAACUGUCACUUUCCUUUUAUUAACAAUUGGUGAUUACACUCGUGUACUUGGCUGGACCAGAGCUGGUGGUGUUUUAGGUGUCAUCGUCUCCUUCAUGGCCUGGUACAACGCUUAUGCUGGUAUUGCAACUCCUCAAAACUCUUAUAUUACUAUCAAACCUAUUUUUUUACCUGGAGGAAAAGCUUGAUCCCAGUUUUAAUGAUUAAUGAGUAUGCUUUCUUUUAUAUAAAUAUGAUCUCAUAUUAAUAAUAAUAAUAAUAAUAUUUUUCGUUUUCUAUUUCCUCUUAUUAGCUUAUCUAAUUAUCUUCAAAUUCUUUUUCACCUUCAAAAAAAAAAUAAACAUCUAGAUCUAGAACUAAA